AUGUUGCAUAGUAAAAUUUUACUGUGGUCCACAACAGGUGACGAAUGCCGCAUUAUCCUGUUCGAGGAACCGAUAUCAAAUAAGGUGAUUAGGGGUCACACGAUCAGGAGUGAGGAGGUACCUGAUGAAGGGAGCUGCCGUGUGAUGUGCUAUAUGGAGCCUAACUGUGUGUCCAUCAAUGUAAGACUCGCGCAAGGCGGAAGAUACAAAUGUGAGUUGAAUAACGCCACAGUUGAUGAAAGUAAACUGACCUUCCUUCAGGAAACGGAUGCUUACUACCUGGCUAUUGAGAAUCCCUGUAGUAGCAGUCCUUGUUUAAAUAACGGAACUUGUCAAGUUGGUUUCACCAGCAAAGGAUUUCGAUGUGUCUGUGUUCACGGAUUUGUUGGAGAAAACUGCAGUGUAGUGUUCUGGCCAAAGUCUUGCAGCGACUUAAAGAGGGUCUAUCCUAAUACAAAAAGUGGACCGUGUACCAUCUAUCCUGGCGGCGAAGGAGGGCUGCAACCAUAUAACGUCACAUGUGACAUGAUCGACGAGAACGAAAUUGGCGUGACUGUCGUUAGUCACGACAGCGAGAACAGGACGCUGGUGGACGGAUAUGAAGGAAAGGGAUCUUAUUCACGUGACAUACACUACCAAGGAGCGAACAUCUCUCAGCUGGUGAGUCUCAUCAAUGUUUCCAAGCACUGUGAGCAGUUCAUCAAGUACGAGUGCUUCGGUUCUACUUUGAACGAUGGCUUUUGGGUUUCACGUGACUCCGUGGAAAUGAACUAUUGGGGCGGAGCAGCUCCUGAUAGUGGUAAGUGCGCAUGCGGAAUGUACAACAACUGCGCAAAUGAAGAAGAAGUUUGUAACUGUAUUAAGAAUGACGGA